AAUCUCUUCCGUUCUAGCAAACGUUGGUGUUCAAUUGAUUCCGGUAGACUGAAUAGAGGAGCAACGUUUGAGGCUCUCAAUAUUAUCUUAUCGCGUUAUUUUCGUGGAUUUCACGCUACAAAGAAAUCAUGUCUGGUUCAACUAACAACAACACUCCUGCUUUUAACUUGCGCUGUGUCUUGGAAAAAGACAAAUUGAAUGCAAACAACUUCCUUGAAUGGGAAAUGGCUGUGAGAAUUGUUCUCAGAGCUGAAGGAAGGGAAAGUGUUCUUGACACUCCACUCCCUGAACCCCUGCCAGAAACUGCAACAGUUGCAGAGAAAAGAGCUAGGCAAAAUCUCGAGGCCAAUUCUGUGCAAGUAACAUGUCUGAUGCUUGCUUGCAUGGAACAUGAUUUUCAAAAACGUUUUAACAAUCUUGAUGCCUACACAAUAAUCCAGCAACUUAGAACAAUGUUCGAAAAGAAUGCUCGAUUAGAGAGAUUUGAAGCUAAUUGUAAACUUUUGGAAUGCAAACUGGGCAAGGGAAAACCCGUCGGACCCCAUGUGUUCGCCUUAAUAGGGCAUUUUCAAGUCAUGGAAAAGUUGGGUUUUCCUUAUCCCAAAGAGCUGGCCACUGAUAUUGUGAUCAGAUCCUUGCCAGAAACUUUUGAUGCUUUCAGAUUAAAUUUUUACAUGCAAGGAGGGGAAGCAACCUUGCCAGAAUUGCAUGGUAUGCUUAUUCAGGCUGAAAGGAGCUUACCUUCUGAACCCGCACUGAAAGAUGUGCUUAUGGUCAGAAAGAAUAAAAAGUUCAAGAAGAAAGGGGUUCCUAAAUGGAAUGGCAAUGGUAAGGUAGUUACCACUAAUGCCUCUCCCAGACCAAAGGCUACUCCAAAGGCUAAAGUAGCAGCACUACAUGAGUGCUACCACUGCCACAAGAUUGGCCAUUGGAAGAGGAACUGCCCCGUCUAUCUAGAAGAAAAGAAGUCUGGUGCUUCAUCUUCAGGGUCUAAAAAGAAGUAGAAGCUUGAGCAAAGGUGAGGUGGAUCUCCGAGUCGGAAAUGGAGCAAGAGUUGCUGCUUUAGCUGUUGGAGUUUAUAUUUUAACAUUACCCUCUGGUUUAAUUUUAGAACUAAAUAAUUGUUAUUAUGUUCCUGCCAUCACCAAGAACAUUAUUUCAAUUCCGGUUUUGGACACGGAAGGUUUUUCAUUUACUAUUAAGAAUAAUUGUUGUUCUGCAUAUUUAAAUGAUAUGUUCUAUGUUUCAGCUAAAUUAUUAAAUGGGUUGUAUGUGCUAGACUUAGAAACUCACAUCUAU